AAGAAAUAAAUCAGGGAAGCUAAAAAUAGAGGGGUUUAUAAUAAUUGUGGUUAACAAGGCAGUGGGAGUUGCCUCUUUCAAAGCGCAACUUCUCUGAAAAUGUGUCUAGUGUUUGAAGUGGUUGAGAUUCUGGCUGUUCUGCAACCAUGGAUUUUUUCUUUAUAAAAAAAAAAAAGGAAGCAAAAGUUGGGGAAAUUUGCAGUUUUAAAAAAAAUACGAGAUCCCCUUUUUCGAAAUCCGAAUAAAAUUUAAUCUGUCCCUUUCUGAUGUUUUAGGAUUCCAAUUCCUUCCCUUUCCCGUUCUCUUUCUCUCUUUCCAUAGCAGUCUCCGUUUUCCUAUACAGAGAGAGAGGGGGGAAGGUGCAGGAAUAUACGGUGUUCUGUGGGAGUGAAAGCGAAGGUGAUUUCUCAGAAGUGGCUGGUAACACGGCGUUUCUCUCUGGGUUUUUCUCCGAUGGCGGUAGAGAAGUCCAAGGCUCAAGCAUGGUGAUGAAGACAAAACACGGGAUUUCAUGUUCUGUACCACGGGCUUGCCCAGCGACAUUGAAAUCGAAGUUGACGAUAUGACCUUUCAUCUUCAUAAGUUUCCUCUCAUGUCGAAGAGCGGGAAACUUCACUUGUUGAUAACAGAGCAAGAGACCAAAUCAUUUUCCUCCGCGAAUCUCCGGCCGUCGGCGAAUCUAAAUUCAUCAGUCUCCGCCGCGGAAGACAGUGAUGGAAAGGGAAAACGCCAUGAAAUCGAGGAGGAAGAGCAGGAGUUGGAAGAAGAAGAAGAAGAAGAAGCCGGUUCUCCUUGCAUAAAGCUUCAUAACUUUCCAGGAGGUUCGGAGACUUUCGAGUUGGUGGCUAAGUUCUGCUAUGGCGUCAAGAUCGAUCUCUCCGGAUCCAAUGCCGCUCCGCUCCGCUGCGCCGCCGAGCACCUCGAGAUGACAGAAGGAUACUCACCGGAAAAUCUGAUUUCCAAGGCCGAAAGGUUUCUCUCGACGUCCGUCUUCAAGAGCUUGCGAGAGUCCGUCAAGGCGCUGAAAUCGUGCGAAUCAGUCUCAGGUUCAGCCGAAUCGCUAGGUAUAACCGAUCGGUGCAUAGAGUCCAUCGUCUCCAGAGCUUCGUCAGUCGAUCCGUCACUGUUCGGUUGGCCGGUAAACGACGGUGGCGGCGGAGGGGAAGGAGCGAUCUCGGUCACCGAUCCGCCGCUUCUUCCCGGUGAUGCGUCGAAACAGGCCGAUUCGAGAAGAAAGAAACCGACUAGGGACUCAAAAAUGGAGUCGUGGUUCGAAGAUCUGGCACAACUGAGCCUUCCCGUCUUCAACCGUGUGAUUUCGGCGAUGAGAUCGGGAGAUCUGAGCCCGGAUAUAAUCGAGAGCUGUCUAAUGUGCUACGCAAAGAAGCACAUUCCAGGAAUUUUGCGGUCUAACAGGAAACCGCAAUCGUCGUCAUCCACCGCAGCUUCCGAGAACGAACAGAGAGAACUGUUGGAGACGGUAACUUCGAAUCUCCCAUUGGAUAAGAGCUCCAGAUCUGCAACAACGAGAUUUCUCUUCGGCCUACUACGGACCGCCAUCAUCCUCAACGCGUCAGAGGCAUGCCGCAACGUGCUGGAGAGAAAGAUCGGAUCGCAACUUGAGCAAGCCACGCUUGACGAUCUGCUUAUUCCCAGCUACUCGUACCUCAACGAGACGUUGUACGACGUCGAUUUGGUUGAGAGAAUCCUUGGCUACUUUCUCGACACACUAGAACAAGCAAACGCCGCCGGAAUCGAGGUGGACCCACGAUCUCCGUCGUUGAUGCUCGUCGGAAAACUGAUCGACGGAUAUCUCGCGGAGAUUGCGUCGGACGCCAAUCUCAAACCGGAAAAGUUCUACAACCUCGCGAUCUCACUUCCCGAUCAAGCUCGACUCUACGACGAUGGACUCUACAGAGCUGUCGACGUAUAUCUUAAGGCGCAUCCAUGGAUCACGGAGGCGGAGAGGGAAAAGAUAUGCGGAGUGAUGGACUGCCAAAAACUGACGCUGGAAGCGUGCACUCACGCGGCUCAGAACGAGCGUCUGCCGCUGCGGGCCGUAGUGCAAGUCCUCUUCUUCGAGCAGCUACAGCUCCGUCAGGCGAUAGCGGGGACGCUUCUAGCAGCUCAGACGCCGUCUCCGUCGCAGUCAACGGAGCCGAGACAGUCGGAGAGAAGGAACCUAACAAUAGGGGAAGCGGUAAGGGAGGAAGAGAGAGAGGGAGAGGGAGGGAGGUGGAGGGAAACGGUGAGGGAGAAUCAAGUGCUGAAGUUGGAUAUGGAUACAAUGAGGACGAGGGUGCAUCGUCUGGAGAGAGAAUGCUCCAACAUGAAGAAGGUGAUCGCCACCAUCGACAAAGACGAUCGGCCGAGAGGAGGAGGAGGAGGAUGGUCCAUUACGAAGAGGUUCGGAUGCAAGUUCAAGACGCAGGUCUGCGAUUCGCAGGAGGCAACCAUGGUCGAUCGCACGUCCCGCCGUUCUUGACGCUCCAUCUUUUAUCAUCCUUUCAUGUUUUGAUUCUGUUUAUGCCUUGUUGAUUACUGCGUUACUUUGAUUUGUUUGUUUUGGACGUACACUGUUGCUACUAGUCCCAUAUGGUAAGUUUUUUUUUUCUUGGCACAGCUUGAUUUUGUUGUAAACUUUAUUUAUAAUGAGGAUCGAAAGUUGGUUGGUUCACA